AUGCUUCCUUCUAUUAGAUCUCUACAGUUAUGUAGCAAUGGUCGAACGGCCCUUCGUUUCCCAUCCGGAUGUUUAUCAAGUUGCUGUGGUGCAAUUGCCACCCCAAGGCUGCUUUUCUCUCCUCGGAGAUAUUCGACUGCUGCAACCGAUAAGGUGGCAGCGAAGGAGAAGCUAGAGGAAGGUACGAGCACAUCGGCUGGUAUGCAACACCCCUUUGCCUAGGGAUUUCACUUUUUGCUGACAUCUGACAUGAGCCCGCUUCAAUGAGCUGGGGGUCCAACAACUGUCUGUCCGGUUACACUCCCAGAUAUUCAAGAGGGGAUCCGUGCCUCCAGCGCCGGAGCUGAUCGAACUCGCUCGAGAUCAUUUGAGUCGUCAUGACCUUUACGGGAAGACCUCGGACACAACUCCACCGAUUGGUUUCGAUCUGCCCGAACUACAGGGUGAUACUCUGGACGAGCAUUUCACUAAACUUGGGAUGGAGGUGUCAGAGCCAUACCUCUCUAUGGCUAGAAUUUUCUCUCUCGUGGACAUACCCAAGCCACCCGCCAAAUGGGAGAGGCUGCCUGGAUGGACGAGGUAUGAGGCUGGUGCUGGUGGAGCGUUCACCUCUCGGCCCGUUGAAGCGCCGGAGGAGGAUACAGUUGUAUUCGACGUUGAAGUUCUGUACAAGGUCACGCCGUUUGCAAUAAUGGCGUGUGCGGCGAGUAAGGACGCUUGGUAUGCCUGGCUGUCACCGUGGUUGCUUGGAAUGGACUCGGGUCAGUGCCACCUGAUACCGUUUGGGGAUAUAAACGUGCCCCGAGUGAUUGUUGGGCAUAAUGUUGGCUUUGAUAGAGCACGGGUUCGCGAAGAAUAUGAUCUAAGACAGUCGAGAAAUUGUUUCCUGGAUACGAUGUCCUUCCAUGUCGCGGUGAACGGGAUGUGCUCACGCCAGAGACCAGCAUGGAUGAGACAUAAGAAAAACAAAGAACUCAGGGAAAGGCUUGAGAAGGAGGAUCAUGGGGAUGACCUUCGUGCGAUGUUGGAUGCGGGCCUACAUGAAGAUGAGGCGGAGGAAUUAUGGAUUAGGCGAAGCUCGAUAAAUUCACUGCGGGAAGUGGCCAAGUUUCAUUGCGAUAUCGAACUCGAUAAGGAAGUGCGAGACCAAUUUGGAGGAGAAAGUGUGAGUGAUGUACUAGAAAAUUUGGAUGAGCUUCUGAGCUAUUGCGCCCAGGACGUCGUCGCCACACACAGGGUUUAUCGGAAGGUGCUGCCAGAGUUUUUGGAGGUUUGCCCACAUCCGGUCAAUUUCGCAGCUCUGCGGCAUCUUUCUUCGGUCAUACUCCCAGUCAACAAGUCCUGGGGCAGGUAUGUUAAAACCGCCGAGGAGACUUACCAGGAAACCUCGCACCGCGUGAAAAAGAGCCUGGUGGCUCUUGCGGAAUCGGCAUUGGCGUUCAGAGGCAACCCCGAUGUUUAUGAGAAAGAUGAAUGGUUAAGGCAGCUUGAUUGGUCAGGGCAGGAGAUCAAGUACCUCAAGCUGAAAAAGGGAGAAACAGAACAGAGGCCGGCCAAACAGAAGAUGGCCGGAAUGCCUAAAUGGUAUAAAGAUCUCUUUACGAAGGAAGGCUCUCCCAUUAAUCUUUCCGUCCGGUCUCGAAUUUCCCCGAUCCUGCUCAAAUUACAAUGGGACAAGCAUCCUCUGAUAUGGACGGAAAAGUUUGGAUGGACAUUUAGAGUUUCUCAUGAAGAGGCGGAGAAGUAUAAGAGCUCACCCCUGGUGCAGUGCGAUUUGUCUGAUGAGAAGAACGAGGUGAUCCGCAACGAUGUUGAUAACGUCUAUUACAAACUUCCGCACAGGGAUGGCCCGGGAUCUCGGUGCGCAACGCCAUUGGCUAAGGGUUAUCUUCAGUAUUUCGAAUCGCAGACGUUGUCAUCUGAAUAUCCGCUCGCAAAAGAGGCUUUGGAGAUGAAUGCUGCAUGCUCGUAUUGGAUCUCAGCGAGGGAAAGAAUACGGUCACAAAUGGUUGUUUAUGGAAGUGAUCUCCGCCGAGCGGAAGGGGAGACAGCGGUAGCCGGGAGGAGAAUAGAAAAAGGAGAAAAAGGGGCCGUGGGGGGGUUGAAGGGAGCGGGGGAGGAAAAGGGAGCGAAGAAACCGGAUGGAAGGGAGGGCGUGGAAGAAGUAGAGGAAGGUCCGGAUGAAGUUGGGAUUAUAUUACCCCAGUUGAUACCUAUGGGCACGAUUACAAGGAGGGCUGUGGAAAGAACGUGGUUGACAGCUAGUAACGCAAAAAAAAACCGUCUUGGGUCAGAAUUGAAAGCAAAGAUCGUUGCGCCGCCGGGAUAUGUGUUUGUUGGGGCUGAUGUUGAUUCCCAAGAACUUUGGAUUGCCAGUCUUCUUGGCGAUGCUCAGUUCAAGAUGCAUGGAGGAAACGCCCUUGGAUUCAUGACACUCGAGGGAACCAAAACCAAUGAGACAGACCUACAUUCUAAGACUGCAAAGAUACUGGGUAUCUCGCGAAACAACGCGAAGGUUUUCAACUAUGGCCGGAUAUACGGUGCCGGGGUCAGUUUUGCCACGACGCUCAUACGGGAUUUUAAUCCAACGAUUACAGAUGCCGGGUGUGCCGAAAUUGCGUCCGAUCUUUAUUCAAAGACCAAAGGUCAGCAAACUGUGCGCAAAUCACUAAGCGCCCGACGUUUUUGGCGUGGCGGAACUGAGAGCUUUGUCUUUAACACCCUUGAAGAAUUUGCCGACCAGGAACGACCGCGGACACCCGUCUUGGGCGCGGGGAUAACGGAGGCGUUAAUGAGGAAAAACUUGUCUAAAAAUGGAUUUUUGCCAUCAAGGAUAAACUGGGCGAUUCAGAGUUCUGGGGUGGAUUAUCUACAUUUGUUGGUUGUGGCAAUGGACUACUUGAUCCGAAAGUUUGGCCUAGAGGCGAGAUUAGCAAUCACGGUCCACGACGAGAUCAGGUACCUGGUUAAAGACGAAGACAAGUACAGAGCUGCUAUGGCGCUACAGGUAGCGAAUGUGUGGACGAGGGCUAUGUUUUCGGAGCAAAUAGGGAUUAAUGACCUCCCUCAGGUGCGACCUUACUCGCUGAGUGUAAGCCUAUAUUGAACAGCGGGAACUGACAUUUUCGUAUCUAGUCCUGUGCUUUCUUCUCUGCUGUUGACAUCGAUCAUGUCCUUCGCAAAGAGGUGGAUAUGGAUUGUAUAACACCCACCAAUCCAGAUGGGAUCGAUCCUGGCAAGUCACUAGAUAUUUUCCAACUUCUUGAGAUGAAACAGCCAUUGCUUGACCCGGUGACGGCCAAGACAAUAGAUUUCGGGGAAUUCAAAUACCUUCCACGUGUUCCUGUUAUGGGAGACCUGAUAGCUGAAAGGAGUAUACUUUUCAUGAAGGCACAAGUCUCUAGUGAGGAUAAAGAGCUCGAUGAUAUUGUUGCAAUUGUUAGGAAGCCCAAGCCUGGCGCUAUACCAUUUACAGGGAGGAUAAUACCUGGGAAUGAGCCACCAAAAAGCUUAGGGACUAGCAGCAGAAGAGCAACGGAAGACACCGCGAGAACGCAAAAACUCUUAUUUUUCAAUAGCGAAGCCCCGUCUGGCGGUGGCUCAUCAGUGGCUAAGAGCCCACAGACGGCGACUAAGCACCCAGGAAUCACCACGAACUCGGUGGCAGCCAACCCAUCGGGAGCAUUUCCGUCCGCGACAGGCGGUCGCUCUAAAUGGCAUCGAGUCGAGAGCCGGCGGGCCUACCGGGCCCCACUAUCGGGUGUGGAAGGGUCUGGGGGCGAUGAGAGACCACCAUCUCGGAAACCGGCUCCUCGUGGCCCGGGACAACUUUUGAAGCUCACACCCGGAAUGCUCGGGCCCACGGAGUCUAAGGGCGGGGUUGAGAUUGCAGCAGGUGCGAGGUCGGAUCGGGCAGUUUCGUAG